GAAAGAGGCGCCGCCGGCGUCAUCCACCGGCGGCGUGCUCGGUCGGUGGGUUGUGGAUUGUGUUACUUCAUGGCCACUUAUGACAGCAGCUGAACAGCUUCGCCAGAAGCCCGCGUCGUAGAAUUUGCAACAUUCCAACGCAGUCACCAUUCACUGUCACUCCGAUGGCUCACCUAUUUUUGAGGCUAGUGUUCCAUGUGAUGCAUUAUGUGAGGCUGUUCAACGAGUAUUUCCUCACGUUCCUGUUCUCUUUGAUGUACCGCAAAUCAAAACGAAUACCGCCUAUUACGGACGAUAUUCUCUUGAAGCCUGCCAGUCAUCUCGCUGAACAAAUAAGAACUGGAAAGCUGAAGAGUGUAGACCUUCUGAACCGCUACAUUGCAAGGAUUCAAGCUGUUCAGCCCACAAUAAAUGCAGUCACUGGAGAACGAUUCAGCGAGGCCCUCUUGGAAGCUGCUGAAGCGGACAAGCUGGUCGCAUCAGGGACCACAAGCGCUGAGGAACUGGCACGAGAGAAGCCCUUUCUGGGCAUCCCUCUCACCACAAAGAACUGCUAUGCUGUUAAAGGAAUGAUCCACGAUUCAGGCUUAGUGGCUCGUGCUGGAUUCCGAGCCCCUCAGGACGCCGACUGCAUGGCCCUGAUGCGAACAGCUGGAGCCAUUCCAUUGGUUGUGACUAAUGUGCCCGAACUGGCCAUGUACUGGGAGUCGUACAACAAUGUCCACGGCUGCACGAGCAACCCUUACGACACCAGGCGCAUAUGUGGUGGAAGCAGUGGUGGAGAAGGGAGCUUGAUCGCAAGUGCCGGCUCAGUCAUUGGAAUUGGAACGGACAUUGGAGGAAGCAUACGUAUGCCAGCCUUUUUCAAUGGCAUCUUUGGUCACAAGCCUACCACGGGUCUUGUUUCCAACAAGGGCCAGUAUCCACCAGCUAGGGAUGCUAGCCUAGACUUCUGCCUUGUGGCUGGUCCCAUGUGCAGAUACGCGGAUGACUUGUCACCCAUGCUGAGAGUCAUGGCUGCCAAAAAUAUUUCCUCGAUUAAACUCGAUGAGCCGACUGACUUUAGAAGGCUGAAGAUAUUCUACAUGAUUGACGAUGGGGGAAGCUACCUUGUUACUCCUGUUUGCAGGGAAAUGAAGGCGGCUGUCAAGAAGGUUGUGCGGCACUUCGCGGACACGUAUGACUGCCCCAUCACGGAUCCUGGUCUCGGAAGCUACUUCAAGUACUCCAUGCAGAUCUUCAACGCACGCUUGGCCGGCGCCGAUGUCCCAUCGUUCGCAGCGGAGCUGUCUCUCCUCAAGGGUGAAAUCGACGUCAUCCCGGAGCUCUUCCGGUGGGUCGUGGGGCGUUCGCCCCACACGCUCCCUGCUUUGGGCUUGUGCCUGCUCGAGCGUGUUGCCCCACAGAAAGGCAGUUCUGCCCUCAAACAUUUCCUUAACAAGGCUGUGACACUGAGGACAAAGCUCUGUGAACUCCUCGGCGAAGACGGCGUCUUCAUCUACCCCUCUCACCCAGAGCCCGCCCCUUUCCACUACCAGACGAUAUUCAAGCCGUUCAACUACGCGUACACCGCGAUAUUCAACGUGCUGGGUUUCCCCGUGACUCAGUGUCCCACGGGACUGAGCUCCGCGGGCCUGCCCCUCGGAGUGCAGGUGGUCGGGAACAUGUACAAGGAUCACUUGUGCCUCGCGGUCGCCAAGGAAAUCGAGCGGGCGUUUGGGGGAUGGGUCAGUCCGAGCGCGUUGGAAACCACCGCGAUGUUGAAUGGGAAGUGAUGCAAAAGACAGCAUCACAAUAGGGCCCCGGGCUGUGACUCGCACAUUUGUCAGGUUUUGAAAAGACUGAAGGGCCCUUAAUUUUCCUCCGUUUUAACUUCCUGAUCACUUUAUUUUUGUUUUGCGGUAUUUUGUGCGUGUACUGCAAAGGCCAGGACCAUAAAACAAAACAAAUUGUGUAGUGCAGAAUAAGGUUCAGUACCUCUUACAAGACACGAUAUUUACUGCGGCGGAGUUGCUCUACUGUCAGCCUAAUUAGUUCUACAAAGUCUACCGCUGCUAUGGUGCAAAAGGCAACAUUGGUUGUAUCUCAGGUUCAUGCUGCUGGAUACUAUAAAUUGUGCUAGAUUGG